AUUUCUUAAUUAGUUUCAUGUAAUUAAGAAGGGAGGUUCCAACUAAUUUAGGGUCUUCUCCUGUUCUCAAGAAGACCCUUCUUAACCGUCUAAACUCCAACGUCACAUUGACGCACCAAGGCUAGGCCUAUAAAUACCCCGAUAUUUGGCGCCCAAAACAUUCUCAGUCGUCUAACUGAAAACUCCAAAACUUAGAGACCGAGCGAGAGAGAUUGAGAGAUUCAAUAACAAUUUCUAGGGCUUACCCGUACAUGCAAUCGGUUAUCGAUUUCGAGAUGCAGAAAUUAGGGUUUCCAAGCAUGAAGACUUUGGAUCAGUACAAAUCGCUAUCAGGAUCCGCAAAGAACUUCUCAUUCAAUUCGCGGUCAUCAACGGACUCGACUACAUUGGGAAGUUUCGCUAAUUUGAAGAUCACUGCAGAGAAAUUGGUCAAAGAACAGGCUUCCGUCAAAACAGAUCUCGGGAUGGCGAACACUAAGCUGAAGAAAUCAAUGGAGCAUAUCCAUGUGUUGGAGGAUAAGUUGCAAAACGCGUUUAAUGAGAAUGCAAAGCUUAAAGUAAAGCAGAAAGAGGAUGAGAAGCUGUGGAAAGGAUUGGAAUCAAAAUUUUCUUCAACAAAGACUCUGUGUGAUCAAUUGACAGAGACCUUACAACACUUAGCCGGUCAGGUUCAGGAUGCUGAAAAGGAUAAGGAGUUUUUUGAAGGCAAACUGUCUGCAAGCUCAAAUGGCAUUGACUAUUUGAACCAACAACUGAAUGAUUUAUCUGUGAAAUUAGGCUCCGCGGAGGAAACUAUUAGAACUCGUGAAAGGGAACUACAGGAACUUGAAAUCAAUAAGGAGGAAAGAAAUAAGAUCUACAUAGAAGAACUACGCCAAACUACCAGUCUGAUAGAAGAAAAAGAUGCCAUGCUAAAGAAGUUUGAAACAACUGUAGCAGCUAAUAGAUUGGCCACGGAGGACCUAAACUCAAAAUUAGAAGAGAUGAACCAUGAAUUGAGACUGAAAGGAGACAAAAUUAAUAGUUUAAUGACCACUCAAGAGAACUUGGCGAAAGAAAAGAGUGACCACCAAUCGAGAGGCAAUGAUUUUGCUAACAGAUUGGCCAUAUCACUCCAAGAGAUUAAAAACCUAGAAGGUUUUCUUCAUGUACUGGCUGCACAAUUGGUUGAGUUGGAUAAACAAAGUUUGACUUUUACCACCAAGUUUGAUCAGCUAAACUCUCUCUAUGAUAGUUGCUUUAAGUUGGCCCAACAGGAGAGAGAACUUGCUGUGAAGCAUGUCCAAAGGCAGUAUGAUCAGCUCCAUGAGCAUUCUUUGUCUGUACAGUCAGAAAAAGACGCCAUGAAAUUGGUAAACCAGGAGUUAAAUGAUAAGAUCAUUGAACUUCAGAAAUCCCAAGAGUCUAUUAUGGCACACCUUUCAGAAGAAUGUCAAUCAGCAAAAGAAAGAAUUCAAAGUUUGGAGUCUGAAGCUGAAAUGCUGAUGUCGAAGAAGAAGGAAACGGAGAUGUUGGUUUCAAAAUUAGAGGAGAAAAUUGACACCUUGUCAGAAGGAUCGAGGUCAUCUGAGAAUAAAAUGCAAGAUUUGUUGUUGAAAAUUUCAGCAUUAGAAAUUGAAAACAAAGACAAUGCAGAGAGGUUACAGGAUGAAAUACAGAGAAAAGAAGAAGAAGUAGAUUCUUUGCGAAAGGAAAGUGAGAAACAUGAGCAACAUCUAGAUUCAUUGGAGAAACAGGUUUGCCAGCUCCAUAGUGUCUUAGAGGAGAAGGAACAGCUUAUUGUUCAAUAUAAGGAAAGAGAAAAGAAGUUGGAAGAUCAAAUCACUGAGAAUCAGGCAUCGUUGACUGCUGCUGAAAGCACACUUACGAAAGCAAAGAAGCAGCAUGAUAUGAUGCUGGAGAGCAAACAAUUGGAGCUAUCAAGACAUUUGAAAGAAAUAUCUCAGAGAAAUGAUGAGGCAAUUAAUGACAUUCGGAAGAAGUAUGAAAUGGAAAAGCUAGAGAUUGUUAACAUGGAAAAAGAAAAGGCAGACAAAAUCGUAUUAGAAAUGGAAAGAAAAUGCGACGAAAAGCUUGUCCAAUGCAAAGAAGAAUCAAGGAGGCAGAUGAUGUGCGUUCAGGGGGAACAUGCGGCUCUGGUCUUAGGUAUUCAGCAGGAGCGUGAUAGAAAGGAGAUCAGUCUUAUAGCUGCUCACAGUGAAGAACGAAAGUGUGCCCAACUUCAAGCUGAAAAUGAACUGAGAGAGAAAAUAAUAGAAGUCGGGAAUGAACAUGAAGUUCAAAUGAAAGCUUUGAGGUGCCAGCAUGAAGAUGAGUGCGGGAAGCUUCAGGAGGAGCUGGAUCUCCAAAAGUCAAAGGAAGACAGGCAGAGGGCUUUGUUGCAUUUGCAGUGGAAAGUGAUGAGUGACAAGCCACAAGAAGACCCAGAAGUGAAUUCGAAAAAGAAGGAAUAUUCUGUUUCAUCUGUUAAGAUGAGAGGUCCUGGUGGUGCUAAAAGAAGCCACAAUUCUCUGGGAAGUUUACAGAAUGAAAAGAAGGAUUCACUUUGCCUGAAAGCUACACAAACUCCAGUGACAAAGUUAUUGAAGAAAGUAGAGACUCCGAACUCAGGAAGUGUGAUGGUUAUUCCUAAGCAUCAUAAGAAGGUAACUCACCAUGAAUAUGAAGUUGAAACCAACAAUGGAAGAACAAUCACUAAACGCAGAAAGACAAAAAGUACAGUCAUGUUUGAGGACCCAAGAAAACAUGAGAGGACAAGGACAAAUACUCCAAAGGCCAGAACUCCAAGAAGUGUUGCCAAGGGACUUAAGGGAGGGGAUCAGUCACAUCCAUCAACCAUUGGCGAUUUGUUUUUGGAAGGGUCUCUGAAUCCUUAUGCAGAUGAUCCAUAUGCAUUUGGUUAGAGAUGUUUUGAAGGUCAAGGGACUGGACAAAAGUUCACAGAACAACAUACACAGGUAUGGAGCCUGAAAGCACUCUUCUCCGUCAGAGAACACUUUUUGAGAACAACUUUGCUGAUAACAACAUAGCAUGAUAACGUGGAGGAAGUAUCCGAGCCUCUACGGGUUCUGUUGUAUAAUUUUCAAUGCUGGGCCAAGAUGCUUAAACUGUUCUAAUUGAACGCAACUAGUUGUGAAGCACAGUAAAACUUCUGUUUAGAACAUGGGAUACACUCAUGGCAGUAAAUUGGUAUAACUCCUACGUAAGUGUUGCGUACAUAAUUACAUGGGUGCAGUGUGAUAAGACGUUGGAUUUUUGAA